AUGGCCAUUAUUUCGGAAGUCCUAGCACUUGUUUCGGCUAAUCUCCCAAUUCUGAUUAUUGCUGUCUUGGCAAUUCACCUGGUCCGGAACUUCACAACCAAAGGUGUUUCCAACAUACCAGGCCCAUUCUUAGCCAAAAUCUCCAAUAUCUGGAGGUUCGUUGACGUAGCGCGCGGACGGGCUCAUGAGACACACAUCAAGCUCCAUGCACAGUACGGGCAGUACGUACGGCUUGGACCAAAUCUAGUCAGCGUCCAAAAUCUCGAAGCCUUGAAAACGAUUUAUGGUGUGAACAAGGGAUAUCGUAAGACAGAGUUUUAUGCGGUGCAGCAGCAGCUCGCGAAUGGCAAACCGACACAGACACUUUUUACCACGCUCGACGAGGACUUCCAUGCCAAGAUUAAGAGACCCAUCUCGAACUUGUAUUCCAUGAGUACCCUGACCGAGUUUGAGUGCUUCGUCGAUAGCACGAUAGAAAAGUUGCUUGAGAAGUUGGAUGAGUUCGCCGAAGCUGGACGAGAGUGCGAUCUGGCGACUUGGCUCCAGUAUUAUGCUUUCGAUGUGAUUGGAGAAUUGACCUUUGGCAAACCGCUCGGUUUUCUCGACCAGGGCAAAGAUGUCGGAAAUGUGAUGGUGUCACUGGAAAAGAUGGUUGACUAUGCAGGAAUGAUUGGUCAAAUCCCUUGGUUGGAUCAUCUUUUCAUCAAGAAUCCGAUCAAACGCAAGUUCGGCGGCGGUUCGACAGGAGCUGUGGCUCGAUUUGCGCGCCGAUGCCUCGAAGAGCGUCUUCAUCGUCCCGAGGGAAAGAUAGAAAACCCUUCACAUCGCGACUUUCUCACUCGCUUCCUGGAAACCAAGAAGACGCAUCCUCAAGUUGUCGAUGAUGGUCAGGUCUUCUCUUGGACACUCAGCAAUGUCAAUGCUGGGUCUGACACGACAGCAAUCUCAUUACGCGCAGUACUCUACUACCUUCUCAAGAAUCCCUCAACUUUGGACAAGGUCAUGAAAGAAAUCGUCAGUGCCAGAGAAAGCGGCAAGAUGUCGAUACCGGUGACAUGGAAAGAGAGCCAAGAGCUGCCGUACCUGGACGCGACCAUCAAAGAAGCGCUCAGGCUUCAUCCUGCAGUCGGACUGCUUCUGGAAAGAAUUGUUCCCAAAGCUGGCAUUCAACUGCCUGAUGGCCCAUUCCUGCCAGAAGGCACCGUGGUAGGCAUCAACCCCUGGGUAAUGCAUCGUCAUCCUGCAUUCGGCACUGACCUAGACGCCUACGUACCGGAGCGAUGGCUUCAAGGCGAACACGAGUCCCAAGGGCAUUAUGAAAUUCGAAAGGCGGAGAUGCAGGGAGCAACCUUUACGUUUGGCGCCGGUCCACGUACCUGUAUCGGCAAGAACAUCAGCUUGCUUGAGAUUUACAAAGCGAUUCCGACUCUUCUCUAUACCUACGAUAUCAACUUGAGCUAUCCAGACAAAGAAUGGGACACUGUGAACGCGUGGUUUGUGAGACAAAAGAACAUCCAUGUCAAGCUGACCAAAUCCGGCAGAAUCUGA